CUCUCUCAUAAACUGAUGAACCCUAGUCUCUCGUACAUUCAUACUAAAAAACAAUACACAUCUAAAACAGUAAGAAAAAGGGGGCUUCUAGUUCUGGGUUUUCUCAAAAGAACGUCUCUCACUCUCAAUUCUCAGACUCACUCUCUCAUCUCUCACAUUGCCACUAGCCGACUAGCGUCUCUCUCGGUCUCACUCGAAUCUCGUCUCCUUCACACUCGCCGGCGUCUCGUCGCCGGCGUAGAGACGCCGGCGUUUCAACGUCUCGUGGUCUUCCAUGGGCUCCUUGUCGCCGGAGACAGAAGCAACUCGUCGGGUCUUCGUCGAUCGUCAUCUUCUGGUUUUGGGUCCUCGUCGUCCCUGAGUCGCCGUGGACCGUGGACCGUUGGCAUUAUUGGUCAAGCUCCAAAUUUGUCUGAUGAAGAUAUAGUAGCGGACUUUGAGAUCACCCCUUGGAAUUCAAAGGAUGCUUUGAAGAAAGGUAGCGGUGGAUGGAAAAAAGUUGUUGCAGCUUUUGGGGAGGAAAUCUUCCUUGAAAAUGGAGAAGUCAAUAGACCCAUGCUUGGCCAGAUUGUUUUUUCCAAUCCUGAUAAGUGCCAAUUUCUCAAUCGGUUAUCAAAUCUUACUCUUUUUCUUUUAGUUUACAAGAAAUUUCUUAACAAUUUUGCAUAUAUCGAUUGCUCAAAGCUACUUCUUUUAGUAAUUUAUUUUAGAUCCUAGAUUUUGUCAAUUUUCUAAGGUUAAAGUAGGCUAAAGUUGAAGACUUUAUAAUUCUUAACCCAUAACUAGUAUUUUCAAUUCAAUAAUUCCUAAAAUGCAUCAUUUUUUGGAUUAGUUUGUUGAAUUUCUUUUGAAUUUUCGUUGUGAUCAUGUUUUAGAUUAUGGGCUCCCCAUAUAUCCUCUGGAAUCUUUUGGGAAGUUGUGAAGCUGGGGCUGAAGGGAUACAAGGUUAUUGUUUUUGAUGUCCCCUUGUUGUUCGAGGCUAAGAUGGACAAGUUCACAAAGCCAAUUAUAGUUGUGUGGAUUGAUCUUGAAACACAGAGAAAGAGACUCAUGGGGAGAGACAAAUAAAAUGAAGAGGAUGCUAGGAACAGGAUCAAUGCUCAAAUGGCCACUUGAUGUGAAGAGGAAUAAAGUAGAUAUAUUGACAGAUAACACUGGAUCACUUGAUGACUUGAAUGAACAGUUUCAGAAGGUUCUAAUUGAAGUGUCAAAACCCUUUACAUGAACUCAGUUUUGGCUUUCGAGGAAUGGAGCCUUGGUCAUACGUGCUUCACUCACUUCGGUGUUGUUUUGUGUAUGAAAACGGUAGAGAAAAUGAAAAAUUAAGCAUGUCUUGUCAAAAUAUGUAGAGGUGAAUAUAGCUCACAUCUUCUUAUACUUUGUCUGACUGAUAUGAAGAAAGAGUUUAUUCUCAUUGUACAAAGUGUUGUAUUACUUGUAACAACGUAAUAUCAACUUAUAUUUUAUUUAUGGAUUAAUUAAGUGCAUUUAGAA